ACGAUGAAGAACACGACAGUAGUGACACAGUUCUUUCUCCUAGGACUAACCAGUGACCCAGAACUACAAGUUCCCCUCUUUAUAAUGUUCACCCUCAUCUACCUCGCCACUCUGAUUGGGAACUUGGGGAUCAUUACAUUGAUUCUGCUGGACCCGCGUCUCCACACGCCCAUGUACUUUUUCCUCAGUAACCUGUCUCUGGUGGAUGUUUGUUACUCUUCAGCUGUCACUCCCACAGUCCUGGCUGGAUUCAUUCCAGGAGACAAGAUCAUCUCCUACAAUGCGUGUGCGGCUCAGAUGUUCUUUUUCGCAGCCUUUGCCACUGUGGAAAAUUACCUGUUGGCCUCAAUGGCUUAUGAUCGCUAUGCAGAUGUGUGCAAACCGCUACAUUACACCACCACCAUGACAAGAAGUGUGUGCGCUGGUCUGGCGACAGGCUCCUAUGUCUGUGGAUUCCUGAAUGCCUCCAUCCACACUGGAGACACAUUCAGUCUCUCUUUCUGUAUGUUCAAUGUGGUCCAUCACUUUUUCUGUGAUGUUCCAGCCGUCAUGAUUCUCUCUUGUUCUGACAGACAUGUUAGUGAACUGGUUCUAGUUUAUGUAGUGGGCUUCAAUGUCUUUUUUGCUCUCCUGGUUAUCUUGAUAUCCUAUAUAUUCAUAUUUAUCACCAUCCUAAAGAUGCCCUCAUCCACAGGGUACCAGAAGGCCUUGUCCACCUGUGCCUCCCACUUCACCGCUGUAUCCAUCUUCCAUGGAACGAUUAUCUUCAUGUACUUACAGCCUGGCUCCAGUCAUUCCAUGGACGUGGGCAAAACGGCCUCUGUGUUCUAUGCUGUGAUCGUUCCAUUGCUGAACCCUCUGGUCUACAGCCUGAGGAACAAGGAGGUAAAGAGUGCAUUUAUGAAGGUGCUUGUAGAGGCAAAAUUGUCUCUAGGAUUCUGA